UGUCAUUCCUGUAGUGUGUGCAGUGUGUGGUGUGUGUGCGUGUUCGUGGCAGGUGACUGGUUCCCAGUGCUGACAGCUGCUUUAUUUCCGGUGAGGACUGUGUUCCCUGGGGACACUUCAAGUAUAACGGUGGGUCUCUUCUCCCGCGCCCUCAUGACUCGCGUCUUCGUCUACGGCACCCUGAAGAAAGGGCAGCCCAACUACCACCGCAUGUUCGACGCUGCCAACGGGAAAACCGAGUUCCUGGCCUCGGCCCUCACCGCCGAGAGGUACCCGCUGGUCAUCGCCGGCGGAAGCAACAUCCCUUUCCUCCUCAACCUGCCCGGCCGGGGUCACCGAGUCCACGGGGAGAUCUACGAGGUGGACGACAAGAUGCUGCGGUUCCUGGACGACUUUGAGUCCGUCCCCACCAUGUACCAGCGGACUCUGGUCCAGGUGGAGGUGAAGGCGUGGGCGAGGCGGGCAGAGGGCGAGGAGGAGGAGGUGGCGCCGGGCAGCAUGACCGAGGUGGGUAUGUACAGCACGACUUCCUAUAAACCGGACUGGCUCUCGCUGCCUAACUACGAGAGCUACGACGCGUUUGGAGAUCACGGGCUGGAGUACGUGCACCGAGAAGAUCGAGACUGAAGGAGAAGAGCAUCAGCUAAACACAGAUGUCUCUAUUUACACUAUCAAACUAGAAACUUUAACUCCUACAAAAUGUUCUAUCUUGAAAACACCCUCGAUCUAGAUUUAUCCUAUCAUACACUGCAGCUUUCUACUUGAAUCUUCUCAUAUCAAAUGCUUAAAAGUUUAAAUUCCUUGUAUUUCUGUAUGUUUUGCGGUUCAGUUUCUCCUGUUCUACUUAUUAAAUCAACAUUACACUCCAA